AUGGCGGCGGCUGCGGCGCGCGCCUGAGGAGCUGUGUCGGGGUGGGGGGUGGGGGCGGUCCGCCGGUCCGCUCAGGCCUCGGCGCGGCCUAGACGCUCCGCUCGGCUCGCUCGCUCGCUCCCGCUCGCCCGUCCCCGUCCGUCCCGCGCCCCGCCAUGGCGGAGCCUUCGCCGGCCCGACGUCCGGUGCCUCUCAUCGAGUCGGAGCUGUACUUCCUCAUCGCCCGCUACCUCUCGGCUGGCCCGUGUCGCCGAGCGGCGCAGGUGCUGGUGCAGGAGCUGGAGCAGUACCAGCUGUUGCCGAAGAGGUUGGAUUGGGAGGGCAACGAGCACAACAGGAGCUACGAGGAAUUGGUCUUGUCCAAUAAGCAUGUGGCUCCUGACCACCUGUUACAGAUCUGCCAGCGCAUCGGCCCGAUGCUGGAUAAAGAAAUCCCACCCAGUAUUUCAAGAGUCACUUCUUUGCUUGGUGCGGGAAGGCAGUCUUUGCUACGUACAGCAAAAGACUGCAGGCACACAGUGUGGAAGGGCUCUGCCUUUGCUGCUCUUCACAGAGGAAGACCUCCUGAAAUGCCCGUGAAUUACGGCUCCCCACCAAGUCUUGUGGAGAUACAUCGAGGAAAACAGCUCACAGGGUGUUCCACUUUUAGCACAGCGUUCCCAGGAACUAUGUACCAGCAUAUAAAGAUGCACAGGAGGAUUCUCGGACAUCUGUCUGCUGUGUACUGUGUAGCAUUUGAUAGGACAGGACAUAGAAUCUUUACAGGGUCAGAUGAUUGUUUGGUAAAGAUUUGGUCAACACAUAAUGGCCGCUUGUUGUCUACGUUAAGAGGCCAUUCUGCAGAAAUUUCAGACAUGGCUGUGAACUACGAGAACACACUGAUUGCAGCAGGAAGCUGUGAUAAGAUCAUCAGGGUGUGGUGCUUGAGGACCUGUGCCCCAGUUGCUGUGCUGCAAGGACACACGGGGUCAAUUACAUCUUUGCAGUUUAGCCCAAUGGCCAAAGGACCUCAGAGAUACAUGGUCUCCACUGGUGCUGACGGCACUGUUUGCUUUUGGCAGUGGGAUUUGGAGUCCUUGAAAUUCAGUCCACGCCCCCUGAAGUUCACAGAAAAGCCGAGACCUGGUGUUCAGAUGCUGUGCUCCUCAUUUAGUGUUGGUGGUAUGUUUUUAGCCACGGGAAGUACUGAUCAUGUGAUUAGAAUGUACUUUUUGGGGUUUGAAGCACCUGAAAAAAUUGCUGAACUUGAAAGCCAUACUGACAAGGUUGAUAGUAUCCAGUUUUGUAACAAUGGUGACCGGUUCUUAAGUGGUAGCAGAGAUGGAACAGCACGCAUUUGGAGGUUUGAACAGUUGGAAUGGAGAAGCAUCCUGCUGGAUAUGGCUACCAGAAUCUCAGGAGACACGUCUUCUGAAGAGGAGAGGUUUAUGAAACCCAAAGUUACAAUGAUAGCUUGGAAUCAGGAUGACAGCAUUGUAGUCACAGCUGUGAAUGACCAUGUCCUCAAAGUGUGGAAUUCCUACACUGGACAGCUGCUUCAUAACUUACUGGGACAUGCUGAUGAAGUGUUUGUUUUGGAGACACAUCCCUUUGAUUGCAGAAUUAUGUUAUCUGCAGGACACGAUGGCAGCAUAUUUAUAUGGGAUAUUACAAAAGGCACCAAGAUGAAACAUUAUUUUAAUAUGAUCGAAGGACAAGGGCAUGGAGCCGUGUUUGACUGUAAGUUCUCGCAGGACGGACAGCAUUUUGCCUGUACAGACUCUCAUGGGCAUCUUCUGAUAUUUGGUUUUGGAUGCAGCAAACCAUAUGAAAAGAUUCCUGAUCAGAUGUUUUUCCAUACUGACUACCGACCACUGAUACGAGAUUCCAAUAACUAUGUCUUAGAUGAGCAGACACAACAGGCACCUCAUCUUAUGCCCCCACCAUUCUUGGUAGAUGUAGAUGGAAACCCUCAUCCAACCAAGUACCAGAGAUUAGUGCCAGGUCGAGAAAACUCAGCAGACGAGCACUUGGUUCCACAGCUAGGCUAUGUGGCCACAAGUGAUGGAGAGGUGAUUGAACAGAUCAUAAGCCUACAGACCAAUGACGUUGCUGAAGCCAGCCCCGAAUCCAGCAUUCUUGAUGGGAUGAUCCGGCAGUUGCAGCAGCAGCAGGACCAGAGACUGGGACUGGAUCAGGAUGCGACUGCAAACGGAGUUUCACAUGGGGAGGAGACUCCCCGAAGAGGGGGUUUUAGAAGACCGAGUUUAGACAUUCAGUCUCCUCCAAACAUCGGUCUCCGCCGGAGUGGACAGGUUGAAGGUGUUCGUCAGAUGCAUCAGAAUGCUCCCCGGAGUCAGAUUGCCACAGAGCGUGACCUGCAGGCUUGGAAGCGGAGAGUGGUUGUUCCAGAGGCACCACCAGGCCUGUUCAGGCGGUUGGAAGAUUUUCGCAUUGAGAAAGGCGAAGAGGAGAGAAACCUUUAUGUGAUAGGGAGGAAAAAGAAGUCUUUCCAGCUCUCACCAAAGUCAGAUUCAGUGGUUUUAGUGUCCCAGUCUAGACAACGAACUUGUAGGCGUAAAUAUGCAAAUUAUGGUGGAAGAAGUGCGGGCCGGUGUGAAUUAUCUUCUGGAAAUGAAUCUUCAGGCUCUCUCAGACAUGAGACUUCUUGUGAUCAGAGUGAAGGCUCUGGUUCUUCAGAAGACGAGUGGAGAAGUGACCGAGGGAGCGACAGCGACGACAGCGACAGCUCAAGCGACUCCUCGUCCCGAUACUCGGACUGGACAGCUGACACAGGAAUCAACUUGCAGCCUCCAUUAAGGAUGUCGUGUCGCCGCCGAGCAGCCCGGGUCUGCAGUAGUUCAGAGGAUGAGGUGUCUACGGAGAAUAUGUCUCCCCCAAAGAGAAGGCGGGAAAGAAGGAAAGAAAGCAAGCCUCAAAGGGAGAGUUUGCGAAGGACGACUCCAACAGAGCUGGCAGAUGCGGAGCAUUUGUAUGAGUUUCACCCUCCUGUUUGGAUAACUGACACGACACUUCGCAGGUCUCCCUUUGUUCCUCAGAUGGGUGACGAGGUGAUAUACUUCCGUCAGGGUCAUGAAGCUUACAUUGAAGCUGUCAGAAGAAAUAACAUCUAUGAACUGAACCCUAAUAAGGAGCCGUGGAGGAAAAUGGAUCUCAGGGAUCAAGAGUUGGUCAAAAUAGUUGGAAUAAGAUAUGAGGUUGGACCACCAACGCUCUGUUGCCUCAAACUAGCAUUUAUAGAUCCGGCAACUGGUAGACUUACAGAUAAAUCUUUCUCCAUUAGAUAUCAUGAUAUGCCAGAUGUUAUCGAUUUUCUUGUGUUGCGUCAAUUUUAUGAUGAAGCAAGACAGAGAAACUGGCAGCCUUGUGACAGAUUUCGAUCUAUUAUUGAUGAUGCUUGGUGGUUUGGAACUGUGCUGAGUCAAGAGCCGUAUCAACCGCAGUAUCCUGACAGUCAUUUCCAGUGUUAUGUUGUAAGGUGGGACAAUACUGAAAUUGAAAAGCUUAGCCCAUGGGACAUGGAGCCAAUUCCUGACAAUGUUGAUCCACCAGAAGAACUGGGAGCAAGUAUCUCUGUCACUUCAGAUGAGCUAGAGAAAUUGCUUUACAAACCCCAAGAUGGUGAAUGGGGCCGGAAGUCCAGAGAUGAGGAGUGUGAGCGUAUCAUCAGUGGUGUGGACCAGCUCCUGAGCCUCGAUAUAGCAGCAGCUUUCGCAGGCCCGGUGGAUCUAUGUACAUAUCCAAAGUACUGUACAGUGGUGGCUUAUCCAACUGAUCUUUACACAAUUCGAAUGAGACUUGUUAAUCGAUUUUAUAGGCGGUUAUCUGCAUUGAUUUGGGAAGUCCGAUAUAUAGAGCAUAAUGCAAGGACAUUUAAUGAACCGGAAAGUGUAAUUGCAAGGUCAGCUAAAAAAAUAACCGACCAGCUUCUGAAAUUUAUUAAGAAUCAAGAUUGUACAAAUAUAUCAGAACUGUCUAACACUUCGGAAAAUGAUGACCAGAAUACCGAUGAAUUGGUCCACAACUGGAGAAAGAGGAGCAGCAGAGCCACCAGCUGUGUUGAGAGCGACUGGAGGAGGCAGUGCAAAGCCUUGCUCAUCUUGAUCUUCCAGUGCGAGGACUCGGAGCCCUUCAGACAGCCUGUGGACCUGGUCGAGUACCCAGAUUACCGAGAUAUUAUAGACACUCCAAUGGAUUUUGGAACGGUAAGGGAAACUCUAGAAGCUGGGAAUUACGAUAGCCCUGUGGAAUUCUGCAAAGAUAUCCGAUUGAUAUUUAGCAAUGCAAAGGCCUAUACACCCAACAAAAGAUCAAAGAUUUAUAGUAUGACCUUGAGAUUGUCUGCUUUGUUUGAAGAAAAAAUGAAGAAAAUUUCCUUUGAUUUUAAAAUCGGUCAAAAAUUUAAGGAGAAACUUCGGCGAAGCCAAAGAUUUAAGCAACGGCGAGGUUGUAAUGGUGCCGUUCGGGCCGACAGAAGUGUAAGAAAUAUCAAACAGAAGCAGAUGAAAUCUCAGACAAAAGUAAUUCCACAGUUGAUGUGUUCUCCCUCCCAGUCUACCUCAAGUAGGGCACCUUUGUCCUCAGCCCGCAAGACAAGCACUGGAGCCUCUUCAGGCUUCACCUCUGGGGACUCUGAAGAUUCAGCGGGGCCACCAGGGAGAACCAGAAGACAUAGAUCUGAAAUGCUAAGGAAUGGUUCUGAGCUGUCGGAAAGUGAAAUGGAAGACUUCAUAGCUACCUCUUCAUCUUCGCAUAGUUCUGAGGACAGCAAAGAGAGCUCCAGAGCUGCAGAGAGCUCCCUGCGCAGUGGCUUCUUGAGAAGCAGCAAUCUCAGGGUGACGAGAACAAGAGCUGCUCAGAGAAAAGCUGGUUCUGUUUCUCUAGAAAAUGGAUGUGGCAGAAAAGCUACUCGGAAGAGAGCCUACCUAAGUGAUUCUGAUAACAACUCCGAGGAGACAGAUGACGAUCUGAAGGGCAAGGCUGGAAACGCCCGGAAAGUCCUCCGGAAGUGUGCUGCUGUCGCUGCCAACAAGAUAAAGUUGAUGAGUGAUGUGGAAGAAGACUCGAGCUCCGAGAGCCUCUGCUCUGGCCGUAAGCUGCCACAUCGCAGUGCCUCAGCUGCAGCUCGGAGAAAGUUACUACACAAUUCUGACGAUCUUAAGUCAGAGACAGAAGAACUGAAAGACCAGAGCCGAGCACGGCUGCCGUCUGGUCCUCACUCGGCCCAGGACAGUGUCAGUGACUCAGACAGUGACUUGAGAGUAGCCCGGAAGAACUGGCAUGCGAACGGCUGCACAUCCCACACUCCAGCAACAGGCAAAACAAAGUUCCUUCCAAUAGAGUCUUCUGAGGAAGACUCCAGAUGUCACGAAUCAGAUGAUGGACUCAGCAGCACUGCUGCCCCUUCAACAUCUGCGCACAAACUUGGGACAGAGAACAUCUCUGAGGAAGUUGACUCUGAACCAGGAAGCAGUAAAUUAUGCAAGAAUGCACAUUUGUUUAAGAAGGCGACUGUCUUGAGCGAUUCAGAAGACUGUGAAGAACAAGGACGAGAGAGCAAGAGGCGUAGCCCGGUGGAAGGAGACCCAGCCCCCGAGGCCUUGAGGAGUGAAGCUGCUUCUGUGCCGCAGGGCCCCUCGGGUCCUGGGUCUGAGACUGAUGUGGAUUCCGAUGUCGGCACAGCCAAAGAUAAAUUGCACAGUGAUAUGAAUGAUUCUCUGUCUCGAGAGAAUGGACAAAGUAGAAAAAGCUCCCGGAAAAGGGUCUGUUCCAGUGACUCAGAAAGCAAUCUCCAGGUUAUGAAGAAGUCAUCCAGGAUUACUCGAAGUGCUACUGUGGCUGCUGAUAAAACCAAGCUCACAAGUGACGCAGAAAAUGUCACCUUAGAAAGGGUGUGUACUCGAGGCAGAAGGAGAAGGAAAAAGCCCAUCCGAUUGGCUUGUACCCCAGCAAAGAAGAUACUGAGUGGUGGUGAGACACACGCACACUGUGAAGUGCCAGAGGCACAGCGUGCCUGCAGUAGCAACCUCCCCGAGUCUGAAUCCCAAGGUAGUGCAAAAAAUGCCAGUGAGUCUGUAAAUGCAGACUUGGAUUCUGAAGGGGCUUCCAGUUUUGAGCACACAGGAAGCAUACAGAAGAGGCAUACGGACAUAAGAAUGCCUCCUAAAACUCGAAGCUCUUCUGCUGGACCUUCUCAGGAAGAUCCCAAAAGCCACGCCCCAGAUAGUGAGAUUAACUUGUCUUCUGAGUCAGUUUUGGCCCAAAAAGCUACCACAGAGAAUAACUUUGAAGAAGACCUGAAUUAUGGGUUACGGAGGUGGAAUGGCAGAAGACUCAGGACAUAUGGAAAAGCCCCUUUUGAUAGGACAGCACAAGUAACUCACUGUCUGCAGGCAUCGGCAGAUGUUGGAGGGAAGAGGAGACUGCGUUCUGAGUUAGACAGUGUGGACACGCCUGGGCAGACGGAGACCUCAGCGUGUGUACCUGACACCAGCCCUAAGUCAUCAGAUUCGGGGUCAGUGACUGAAUCUGAUGCCGAGUGCACUGAUAACACAAAAACCCCGAGGAAGGAGAAAAGGAAAGGAAAAGCAAAGAUGGUUAGAAAAGGCAAAGCCCCUCCCUCGCACCCAUCUAAGACUGCGAGACAUCGAAGACAGAGUAAAUGUCCCAGGCUGAGUGUGGAUGACAACGAUUGGGAGGACUUGGACUGUGCAAAAGCUAAAAGAGUUGUUCGGCGCUCAAAAAUAAAAACAAGAAACCAGGGUAGGAGAACGGUGAGGUACCAUGAUGGGGAAGAUGACCGAAGCAUAGAAAAUGCAUUGGAGCUCAGUGACUGCACCUUGUGACCGUAAGAGCCAGCGUGCUCACAGCGACUGGAAUGUAUUGUGAAAGCUGGCUUACAAUUCAGGGAAUAUAUUUAUAUUUUUCUAUGAGAAGUUUGUGAAUGUGACUAAAUCAUGACUGUUAUUUUUAUUUGCACUUGCUGGUUUUUGAAGCAGCAUUCAGCACAGGUGCCAAAAUAUGCUUCAUUUUGGGGGCAGAUCUACUUUGACAGUAUUGAGUACAGACAGCAAGAGUUCGAGACACGUUAAACACUAGACAACUUGGUUACCCAAACCAGUGAGCAUUACUUUGUAACAGCAGUGUCACGCAGUUAUUUUCUGAAUUUGUCCAGAAGUGGUAGUUUCUAAACCUCUGCCAUGUAGUUAAAGUAGGAGAAAAAUCCUCGUGACCUAUGUUUACAGAAUCUUGAUAAAUAUUAUGUGCAUACUGACAUUAUAAUCAUGGCGAGUGUAACCAUGAUUAGUAGGCAAGGCACCUACCACUUUUUUUUUUUUAACUUUUUUUUUUUUUUUUUUUAAUCAUUUUCCCUGGAGACUUGAGUAGGAUACAUUAUACCCACAUCUGGUCAUCUUUAUUAACAUGGCUUCCACUUUUUUUUCCCCAAAUGCUUGUUGGGUCUUACUCUUAUCUUUUUAAGGAAAACCUGAUGACUUUAAUGUUUAUAAACUUGAAUUUAUAAAGUGCUGGUAAAUGAUUUUACAUGUUUGGAGUGCAUAAUUUAAAGGUCUAGGUUGAGAGAAUAGUUAGAAUAUUUUCUUUUAGAUUGUUCACUGACAAAUUGUUUCCUAUUUUUUUUUGUCCAAGAUUUACUUUCCAUUAGGAUUUACUAAAUUCUUGCUCUUCCAUAAUCUUACUCUGAAGUAGAGAAGUUUGUGUGCCUUAGAUUUAGGGAAAGUGUUCUUUAAUAAGAGGGUAUUUCAGUUCUGUGUAGAUUUUCUCUGUCAGAACUGUAGAGUUCAGAGUACAGUUCUGAAUCCUACCUGAGUCCUUCUCCAUCCUUGAACUUACUGCUGCCACGUCAGCAUCCUUUGCUGGACAACCGAGUGGAUCUUUACCAGUGACCUCUAGUGUAAGAAAUUCAUGUUUGAGGCACAGUGAUUUUUGAAAUCAUUUGAAGUGAACAUUCACAUCACCCUGAGUACUAUAGUACACUUAUUUUUGAGCCAGGUUCAUUUCUUUGUUGAGUUGAUUAUUUUUGGUCUACUGUAGGUAGCUCUUCCCGGUAGGUUUCCCCUUGAGUUUCUGUGAGCGAUAGGGAUAUGUGGUUUACACACCUUCAAGUGAUUUUUGACCAUAGUUGUGUUUGCUUUUAUAUGUAAACUUCCCCCUUUUCCUCCUCUUUUCCUGAGGUGGCAGAUCAGGAAGAGCAUCUUAUGUUCUUUGGUGUCACAAUUCCAUUUGGCAGGCGGCACUCCUCUGUUCUCAUGCAAGAGAUGGGGUUGGCUUUGGGAGUUUCUCAGGGCAGUGAUCUCUCCCCACCACACAUUGGGAGGUUAGAUGCUUACCGUAGAGUAGAUGGGAAGUCCUGUGGUCUUUGGCUAUUGACCAGAAAUACAUUUGAUUCCUGUCACGUCCCUCAGGACUUUAACUCCACGUUUACCAUUAUCUGCAAAAAGGCACCAAAAAUGAAUAUGAAGUGCACUCAUGAGUGAGUUUGGGUUUCAUAUGCAGAAUGGUUCUCAGACUAAGUUUUAACUGAUAAUUGAUUAGUCAUACAGCCCUUUCUAAAACUCCCCCUCCCCCCCUUCUCUUUGGUCCAAUUGUGUAGAAGCAGUAUUUCGGGUUCAUCAGAGACGUGAGUCUGGUGACCUUGGUUGUGAUUGACAGUGACUCUCAACUUGUGAAGUCAAGACGAGGGGUUUUGAGGAAGUGUUUUUGUGGGGUUUUGUUUUUCGUUUUUUUCUUUUUGGUUAUGGUGCUAUUUCUAACAUGAACUUUGAAUAUGUGACACACUCCUAAGUACCAUUAAAGAUUAAGGAUGAUUAAUAAAUAAUAGUUAAAAUGUUUACAUUGAGCACUAGGUGUUUAAAUGCGCAGGGAUUUAAUGCACAGAUGUACUUUAAUGUUUAGGAUCAGUUGGUCUUUUUGGGAGCGUUACAAGGUGAAUGUGAACUGGUCCAGAGACAAGUGCUCCAGCUUCUGUUGCACUUGAAGUAUUAAUGGUGUAUAUGUAAAAGUAGACUUCUCCCCACUCAAGUUUUGUAUGUCCAAAGUCUAUGAUUUUAUUCAUUUAUGAUUUUUUAAAGUAUUUAGGUUUGAUUUUUACUUCUUUUGAAAUUUUAAUAUUUCCAAGCAUAUUAAGAAAGAAAGAUUUAAAAGGAUCCCCUCAAUAUCUAUUUUAAAAAGGUGUCCUGACAAUGUGCGGUAAUUUAUGAAUAAAGAAAAUGUGUCCCAUUAUCAGGUAAUCCUAGGGUGGUCAUUGUUUUUAUUUUUUAAGAUGGAAAACUUCUGAUCAGAUAAUGCCUGAGGUUAGUGUGACCCUGGGAACUGCGGUACCACAGUUGUGGCUAGCUCUAAGGGGUAACAACACAAAGGCUUCUUUUGUGUAAUGAGGCUUCACCUAAGGGGAAGUUGGGUUUGAAUACAACACGUUUUUAAAAAGCACUUCACGCCCUGGGAGAGCAGUGCAAAAAGGUUAUAAACAGGUCCAGCCAUACCACCAGAAGAGUGUGCUGCCCAGACAGCAAGGUGUGUCACUAAACCUUUGCCCUCCUUGAUGCCUUCUUAGGGUAGUGAUGGGCUCACACUACUCUCCCAGUUUCUGUGGUAGUUUUUCCCUAAAUCACUGUACUGUAUGGUAUAAAAAUUGAAUUGGGUCUUAGUCUCUUCUACAAGUUGAAGUUGAUUGUGUCAGCUGAAAGACUUACGAGGUUUGUGAAUCAGUAGAAUGCAAAACAUUAAAAAACGUGAUUGUUUUUGUUUUCAUCUUCAGUCCAUUGUAUUGAUUCUGUUAGCAACAUUCACAGGCUCAAAAUGGUGGUCUUCUCCUUUAAUGGUUGAAGUAACCAGCUCCAUUCUUUCAUCAGCCAGUGUGUUACCAAAUCCUUGAGUUUUUCCUCUAGUGUGCAGGAUGUACAGGAUGUACAGGAGCCUGGCAAAGCCUGCCUUCUGCUGACUACUGGGGUUAGACCCUCACCUUUGGCUGUGGAGAUCAGGAAGUAGUAAAGAAGCAGAAGACACCAUUUGGCACAGGAUCCAGUUAAAUCUGGCCUCUCAGUGCUUUCACGUGGUCCAACCCAGAUUUGUUGAUGCAGUGGGACGAGGCAGUGUGCACUCUAGUUAGUGAGUGUGAGUCCUCCAUGUAGGGUCUGUUGUCAUUACUAGGACGGGAGAGUAAAGAAUUAGUGCUGGAGGCUGUGUUGUCUUUUCUUACAUUUUAACAUUCUAGGAUUCUUUUUAAGUGUCCCUGAGGAUACCUGGGAAUUUUCAAAAUAAAAGAGUUGGUUUUUUU